AUGUCUGGAAUGGAAAUUUUCCAAGAACGUAUUGUUCUAGUAAAUGGAGCAUCAAAAAUAUUAGGUUUUUCAAUAGCAAAAAAAUUAGGAAGAUUGGGAGCAACAAUAAUUGUCACAGGUCGCACAUCAGAUGAAAUUCACAAAAGUGUCACUAAUUUAAGAAGUAUGGGUAUACAUGCUGGUGGUAUAAAAUGUCAUUUAAAUCUUGAAAAUGAAAGGAAAAAUUUAGUUAAAAUAAUUCAAGAAAAAUUUGGAAAAUUAGACAUAUUAGUUAAUACCAUCUUUACUGAUGAAAGAUAUGGAUCUACAUUUGAAGCCGAACCACAAGAAUGGAAAUCAGUAUUAGAUGUUAGUAUAAAUUCAUAUGAAAAUUUAUCAAGAGAAUUAGUACCACAUUUAGCAAAAGCAUCAAACAAGGGUUCAAUUUUAUUUGUAUCGUCAAUAGGUGGUUAUGCACCAUAUGAUGGUAUUGGUACAUAUUCAAAUAUAAGAAAUGCAAUAAUAUCUGUAAAUAAAAAGAUUGCUCAAGAAUUUGCUCCAUUUAAUAUUCGCUCUAAUGCUAUUGCAACUGGCUUGAUACCAACAGAUAUUCCUGAAUUCUUAUUGAAAAAAGGAGAAAAACGUGAUCCAAAAAUUUUAUUCUCAAUUACAAAACCAGAUAUGGUGAAAGAGGGUGCAGAAUUAAGUUGUGUUAUAUGUUCAGAUGAUGUCGGUUACUUGACUGGACAAUGUUUCAGUAUUUGUGGUGGAGUUCAUGGACACCUUUAUUCAAAUAAACUAUGA